AUGCUGAAUGCCGGCAUCGCCGCAAUCAUGCUGGAUUCAGGCACUCUCCAGCAGUUGGGCAGCCUGGUCCAUCCGACCGAGGAACUGAAGGAGGCCGGUUACGUCGUCACAAAGCUCACCCAGGACGAACUCGAGCAGAAGAAACGAUGCGCCACGUGCGGUGUCCGAAUCGGCAAGGUCCGCCGCAUGCGAGAUCGCCAGAACCGCGCCCGGCAACAACAGCCUCAGCUUGCCAACGCUCUGCCACCUAGAAGCGAGGACAGCAGCGCUUCCGCGUCGGGGAACGCAACCCACCCCAACGACGAUAAUAAUGCGCGACGGAACUCGGUCAUGCGCUGCCACUUUCAUCCGGGAAGGGUGCAAUUGAAGGCUUGGACAUGCUGCGGCAAGCAUCUUGCAGAGGCGCCUUGCACGAGCAAGGAGGACCAUGACCCGCCCGAAGAGCAGGACCGAACAAUCCAGCAGCGCUGGCAGUUCCAUCAUACCACUCUGGCAACGCGCUCCAGCCAUCGCCUUGCCGUUGCCAUCGACUGCGAGAUGGGGACCGCUUUCGACGGCGACAGCGAGCUUAUCCGUCUGACGCUGAUCGACUACUUCUCCGGCGAGACACUUAUCGACAGCCUCGUCUAUCCAGAUGUUGAGAUGCAGCACUUCAACACGAGAUGGUCGGGCAUCACCCGACGCGAGAUGGAAAAGUCGCGCCGGCAACGCCAGUGCAUCAUGGGCCGGAAUGCUGCUCGUGCAAGAGUCUUUCGAUAUGUGGGUUCCUCGACCAUCGUCGUAGGGCACAGCGCCCAGAACGAUCUGUCGUCUCUCCGGUGGAUUCACCAUCGCAUCGUCGAUUCUUACAUGGAAGGGGGCCAGCCCAAGGAAGAAGACAAACCCAAAGAAGGAGGGCCGGUCAACCAUCAGAAACGUAGCAAACAUCACCCCGAUGGCAUGUCGCUGAAGGCGCUUGCCAUGAGACGGCUAGGACGGGCGAUUCAGAUGGGCAACAAGGGCCACGACAGCCUCGAGGACGCUCUCGCAGCCAGAGACCUGAUCCACGCCCACAUUGCCAGCCUUGCGCAAUGA